AUGACUUGCGAGUACACUUCCACAAAGGCGGCUCCUACCGUGGGGAUCGACGUCACGCCCAGCUCCGCCGAGAACAACUCUCCCCAUCAAUCGCUGGCCAUGGAGGAGGUCGAAAGGGAGCCGCCACGUAGGAGAACGAUCAGCAAGUCUCCCAAGCCAACGAGUAUUGAAGCCCUGCCUCGAGCGUUGCUCGACAAGCACAUCGAGGCCUUCUUUACCUACGUCUAUCCCAGCCAAGCGAACGCUAUUAUUCACCGUGGAACUCUUCAAUCUGGAAUCCUCUCCGGUACUGUUUCACCCAAGCUAUUGCUAGCCAUCUGCGCGGUCGCUUCGCGUUUCAUCCACACAGGUUCAGGCUACAUCCCACUGCAAGGAAGCUCUCAGGCGACAAUGUGGGCCAAAGAGGCCAAGACGAUCCUUAUCCUUGAGGAAGACAUGUCCCUCGAUACUGUAGCGUGCGCUCUCAUCCUCGCCAAACACGACAUCAACUCUGGCAAGUUCUCUUCUGCUUGGGUCCUCACUUCCAUUGCAAACCGCUGCGCAUUGGCCUUGGGUCUCCACUGUGAGCUCCCGCCCGACCAUCCAGCAACAGGGAUCGAACGUGAAACGCGCCGCAGGCUCAUGUGGGGCUGCUACUGCCUUGACCGCAUGAUGGCCACCGGCGUGCCAGAGUACAUUACCACCAAUGCGUCCAUUUUCAAAAUCAAGCUUCCUUGCGAGGAGCACCACUACUUAUUUGGCCAGCCUGUCGAUUCGCCCAUCCCUACAUUGGAAAAGUUCAUUCCCAAUGACCCUGUCAACGCCAAAAUGGAGUCGGUGGGUCUCUUUGGUCAAUACGUGCGCAGUUUGGAGGCCAGGACCAUGGUCUUGGCGUGCACCAGGACUCGCGAGCGUGACCGGCUGGUUCCGUGGGACCCCGACUCGCCGUUCCAACUGUGUAUUCGUAAGAUGCACGCUUGGAAGGAAGCUCUGCCGCCAAGCUUCCGCCUCUCGUCUGAGACCAUUUACGCGCGGCAGUCCCAGAAUCAACUCACGGCACUUGCCAUGCUCCACAUUUGGUACGACCAGACCACCACCGACCUCUACCGUGUCGCGUUCCCUGGUUUCCCCGAGUCGGCCAACCCAGACCUUUUGGCCAUGGCGCCGCCAGGAUGGGUUGAGAACAUCCAGCUUGCUUGCGUUGCCCAUGCCAAGAGCAUAACAGCAACGCUCGCCAUCAUUUCCAAGCACGUCGACCCCGACACAUUCGUCUUCCUCGACGCCAGCUUGCCCAUCUGUGUCUAUGAAAGCAUGCGCAUGCAGGUUCUGAACCUGUUCAUGGUGCCGCCUGAGAGGCAGCUGGACGAGCUGGAAGAGGUCAAGGCAAGCUUUGAGCUCAUGAUGGGGUUCGUGGAGCGGAUGAGGCGGUACUUUAGGCAGGCAGAGUGGCUGCUCAAGGAGAUGCGUCGCCUGCUGCGCCGGCACGGCAUCGUCAUUAACGGGGGCUCGCAGUCGAGCGCGAGCGAAACGUCCGGCUCGCAAACACCAAACCAUCCAUGGAUCCGCCGCGUGCGUGGCCUUCGCAACAUCGAUGACACCCCAGCUCUACCUCUGAGUGACGAGCCUCGUGGCGGCGCACUGGAACAACAGUAUCCACCCAACGUGGAAAACCAGCCUGCGAUGGUAGACCUCGGCCUCGAAGGGUUAGGCAGUGAACAAGCUCAAGAAGACAUGACCACUUUUCUCAGUCAGUACGAAUGGGGCAGGGAGACCUCGAGCAUCGGCAGCUUUCUGUCCAUGCUUGGCGAGUGGACUGCACCUGGAUUUGACGCCAAUGCGUUCACCCUUGGCAAUGGCGACCUUGUAUGA